GUAGUUAAGGCUUAUUGUGCAAUGAGGGGAUCUUGUGGUGUGGAGAGGGGGUCGUGCAAAGAAUCAAAUUAAAACGCGCGUUUUCCACACACAUUCAUUAAACCACACUGUCUUCUUCUUUGAUCUGGUCGCCACCUAAUCCGCUCUUUUCUUCUUCUUUGUUCACUGCAGUUUCUGAUAAAAUUUGUCAAAGCAAUUCAGGGAAUAUCUUUCUUCUUCGAUCGCAAAGUAUCUCUUAGGAAAGCAUUGUUUUAUUUUUAUUUUUGUUUUUGUUUAAAGCGCGAGCGCGCACACACACACACCCACCCAAAAAGAAAAAAAAGAAAAAAGAAAAAAAAAAAAAGCAUUUCAUCGCUCGCUUUCUCCGGACACCCAAACAACAAGCCGUCGUCGCCACCUACCAUGUGGUUGGAAAUCCUCUGCGGUCUCUUCAUUUACAAAUUGUUCAGGCGCUUCUUCUCCGAAGAUGACCUUUUGGACCUCGACGACUACCAUUUCAAUGCCCUCUUCUCUGUCGCCGAUAGACUUGAAAAGGUCUAUGGUGGAAAGGCGUAUGUGGGGCUUCGGAUUCCGGAUGCUGACGCUGGUACGCGACAGAAUAUCGAUAUGGUUCUGGUCACCAAAGGGGAGGCAGUGGUGAUAUCAGUCAAGAACCUCUCUGGAUUUUUAUCAAUCACUGCAAAUGGAACCUGGGUUUGGGAGGGCACUCAUAAAACAGAACGUCAUCCUGAUCCAGUGGCAGAAGCCAAAAAACAAGCUUCCAUUCUUGAAUCAUAUCUCGAACAAAGGGGGGUUGCUUUGCCUGAAGGAUUUUUGUCCUGCAAAGUUGUACUUCCCAAUCCAAAAUGUUGUUCCAUUCAUACAAGCAAUGUUCCACCAGAAGUCAUUACCUAUGACCAGUGGUCACAACUGAAACCAGAACCAAAAAGUAUGUUUUCUGGUUGGUUUAAGGGUGCCUUCCGUGGUGGAAAGAAAGAGACAGAAGAAUCUAUACAGCAGAAACUCAAUUUCAUUCUUAGCACGGCACCAAUGUGGGAUAGGUUGGAGGUUAAAGGUAAUAAAUAUAUUCUUGGGGAAUUUCUGGAAUUCAAAGGAAAGCAGGAAGAUAUUCAGGCUUUGAGAAAUGUCAAAAGAUCGAAAGUUAGUCGUUUAGUGAUCCAAAAGACAAGUAUGUUCGGGUUAGCCCCUUCAAGACUACAAGUUUUCUACACUCCUCGGGAUUAUCGAAGUGAAGUGGCCUCUGCUUCUGACUGGAGGGAAGUGAAUGUAAGAUCAAGUACAGAGGUUCUCUUUCAGCCUGAGAAUUCUACCAAAGUGCGUAAAUUUAAGCUAUCUUCGAUUCUCACUCUGUCUCUGAGUGCGUAGAGAUGCCUAUGUUGGGUGCAUCUUACAUAAUUACAAGUUAGAUUUUCUUUUUAUAACCACGUCUGGAUUGUUAUCUAUGUUAUAUGUUGUACAUAUGGCAAUGGAAAUUUUGUGUAAUAUGGAUUGGUUAUUUAGAAUUUUUUCUUUUAAAAAGAUAUUUGGCAGUCUUU